GCCUGCGGCAGCAAAAUGCUAGGGAAACUCUCCACAGGGCUCAUGAAUACAGAAGAAGAGAAAGAGAGGAAGAGAGGGAGUUAUAGAGGGAGUGAAAGAAGAUUGAAGCCAUCACUUCCUCAGUACACUCACAAUGUUGAGUGUUAUAUACUUCCUACGCAGCUUCUUUGAGGCCCCUGCUAUAGAGGACUCUGGGAAGGAGACAGGCUGUCUGGAAGAUGGGGAAUCCCAGCAGGAAGAGUGUGAAGAGCAACAGGACCAUCAGGAAUGGUGCGAGCCCAUUCCUAAAGCAGCACAGGACACAGCAGAGGAAUAUUUUGACACGCACUCGUGGCACAGUGACACUUUCUUGGACCUCAGCAAUGAAAAUGAGGACUGCUGUAGGACACCGCUCAGCACUAAGACUGGAUCUUGCUCUGGGGGUUGUCUGGACUUGCAUUCUCCCUUUGUCAAAAAAAGAGGUCCCUCUGAAUCAGAGAGGCAUCACAUUGUCUUUGACAGUCUCCAUAGGACAGUGGAUGGAGAGCAAUCGCAAACACAGACUGGAUGUAAGGAGAAAAGGAAUGUGGGAAUUGAUGGUAUUGGAAUGUAUGAUGCUAAGGAUGUACCUGAGUGUGAGGAGACUUUUAGUAAUUUGCCAGCAGGACCUGUAGUUUGUCCUUCCUCACAGAAUGAUCUGUCCAAUAUAGAAACACCCUUGUUCGCAUCAGGGGACUCUGUAGAAUCACAAAAACUCUCUGAGCUAAAUGCUGAAGACACAUUAUUGACAUCAACAGACAGUGAAUAUAAGUUUCAGCUUGAAGACACCCCUGAUGGAAAAUCUCAAUGCGAUCAAAUCAUAAAAAAUCGGAAAGAAACUCAACCAACAAAUAAAGAGUCGCAAAUUGUGAGCUCAAAUGAGAAAGAAUUACAUUGUAAUGAUAAAGAUACAAAUGACUCUGAAAUGCAGUUGAUUUCCAAUGCAACAGUUCUGGAAAAUUCAGUCAGCAAACACAAGUUUAACACUCAUAAGCAUGAGCUGAGUUUAAUUGUAUCACGACUUUCUACUAUAGACACGACUGUGUCUAAAUCAAUUGAGAAGCCUAUUGAAGAGACAAAAGAGUCAAUAGAGUGCAGCCAAUCACAGGAUUUAUUAAAACCCAGCCAAUCACAGGCCUCAUUAGAGCACAGCCAAUCCCAGGCCUCAGUCGAACACAUUCACUCAAAGGCCUCAGUGGAACAUAGUCAAUCACAGGCCUUAAUAGAACACAACCAAUCACAGUGCUCAAUAGAACAGAGACAAUCACAGGCCUCAGAAGAACAUAGUCAAUCAGAUGCCUCAAUAGAACAAAGCCAAACACAGGCUUCAGUAGAACACAGUCAUUUACUGUGCUCAAGAGAACACUGCCAAUCACAGGCUUCAGCAGAACACAGCCAAUCACAGGCUUCGGUAGAACACCGCCAAUCACAGGCUUCAGUAGAACACUGUCAAUUACUCUCCUCAAAAGAACACAAUCAACCACAGGACUCAGUAGAACACAACCAAUCACAGGCUUCAGCAGAACACAGUCAAUCACUGUGCAAAAUUGAGGACAUUCCAUCACAGGCUUCAGUUGAACACAGUCAAUCACUGUGCUCAAUAGAAACCAGUGAGUUACAGGCCUCAGAAGAACAAAGUCAAUCACAGGUCUCUGUAGAAUACAGCCAAUCACAGGCUUCAGUAGAACACAGUCAUUCACUGUGUUCAAUAGAACACAGUCAAUCACAGGCUUCAGCAGAGCACAGUCAAUCACUGUGCUCAAUAGAACUCAGUGAAUCACAGGCCUCAGAACAACACAGUCAGUCACAGGCCUCAACAGAAUACAGCCAAACACAUGCUUCAGUAGGACACAGUCAUUUACUGUGUUCAAUAGUACAAAUUCAGUCACAGGCUUCAGUAGAACACUGUCAAUCACAGGCUUCAGUAGAACACAGCCAAUCACAGGCCUCAGAAGAACACAGUCAAUCACUGUGCUCAAUAGAAAACAGCCAAUCACAGGCUUCAGAAGGACACAGUCAAUCACUGUGCUCAAUAGAACACAGCCAAUCACAGGCUUCAGAAGAACACAGUCAAUCACUGUCCUCAAUAGAACACAGCCAGUCUCAGGCUUCAAUUGAACACAGUCAAUCACUGUGCUUAAGAGAACACAGCCAAUCACAGGCAUCAGAGGAACACAGUCAAUCACUGUGCUCAAUAGAACACAGCCAAUCACAGGCUUCAGAAGAACACAGUCAAUCACUGUCCUCAAUAGAACACAGCCAGUCUCAGGCUUCAAUUGAACACAGUCAAUCACUGUGCUUAAGAGAACACAGCCAAUCACAGGCAUCAGAGGAACACAGUCAGUCACUGUGCUCAACAGAACACAGCCAAUCACAGGCCUCAGUAGAAUACAGCCAAUCACAGGCUUCGGUAGAACACAGCCAAUCACAGUCUUCAUUAGAACACAAUCAAUCACUGUGCUCAAAAGAACAUAGUCAAUUACUGUGUACAUUUGAACACAUUAAGUCACUCUGCUCAAUAGAACACAGACAAUUACUGUGCUCAAUAGAACACAGCCAAUCACAGGCCUCAAAAGAACACAGUCAUUUACUGUGCUCAACAGAACACAGACAAUUACAGGACUCAGAAGAACAUAGUGAAUUACUGUGCUCAAUAGAACAUAGGCAAUCAAAGGCCUCAGAAGAACACAUUCGAUCACUCUGCUUAACAGAACACUGCCAAUUACAAGCUUUAGAAGAACAUAGUCGAUCACUGUGCUCAAUAGAACACAGCCAAUCAGAGGCCUCAGAAGAAAACUGUCAAUCAGUGUGCUCAAAUCAACACUGUCAAUCACAGGCCUCAGAAGAACACAGUCAAUCACAGGCCUCAGAAGAACACAGCCAAUCACUGUGCUCAAUAGAACACAACCAAACAGAGACAUCAGAAGAAAACAGUCAAUCAUUGUGCUCAAAUCAACACUGUCAAUCACAGGCCUCAGAGGAAUACAGGCAAUCACAGGCCUCAGAAGAACACAGUCAAUCACUGUGCUCAAUAGAAUACAGCCAAUCACAGACCUUAAUAGAAUACAGCCAGUCACCAGCCCCAUUAGAACACAGGCAAUCAGAGAUUGUUUUUAUGGAGGCAAUUUCCGUAAACUCUCAGUGGAAUGCUAUGACUGAGUCAGACUCUGUUUUUAUAUCACACUCACUGGGUAGCAACAUUUAUGAAAAUGAACAACUAAAACAGGACUGCAAGGACAUUUCCACUGACUGUAAAGUCAACCAGUCCUUAAAAAGAUCUGAAAAUCUGUCAUCAACACACAGUGACAAAGAACUUGAUCUAGCCAUAAAAAAGAACGACACUCUGUAUUUCAAAAAGGACUUGAAUGAAACCCCACCUGUUCUUACUGAGCAUUAUGCACCUGAUAAAGGUUCCUCAAAUGUGCCAUAUGUAACUUCUGCAGGAGUGUCAGAUUCAGUGUAUCAACAUGUGAUCAAUGACCAAACCUCAGAACAGUCAGACUGCACUUAUUUCAGCCUCCAAAAUGGCUUAGUAUUACAAAUGGAUACUGAAAUAGAUGAAUACUCAAUUAAUAAAUAUCACAUGGACAAUCAUGUUUUGCAAAACAGUGAGCAAACAUAUUUAGAAGACUAUGAGUCUGAGGCAGAUUUUCGCAUAACCUAUCAGUGCAGCCCUAAUAGUAAAAAUAAUUACAACAAACAGGGUGAAUUCAUUGAAGCACAAGCUUGUGUUGCCACAAAAAAUGCUGAUAACAAAGAAGACAUUGUUGAUGUUUUAGAAGAAACAAAUAUCCUGCAACAUGACAUUUUUAUAGAGUGUCCAAAAGAAUGUAUAAUAGUUCCCUCAGUAGAGCAGUCAGUAAUUUACUCUGAUAGUUUGGGAUGCAUGGGAAAUAUAAAGCCUAAGACAUUUUUGUGUCCUGACAUAAAGACAGCAGCAGUUGAUGGUUGUCCAAGAAGUCCUGUUGACAGUCCUGUUGAGUCUCUGGCCGAUCUGUUUGAGAUUUUUUCUGACAAAUCUCCUGUCAGCCCAACAAACAUUUGCUUGGAGCUCAGUGAUGACCUGCAUAUUAACUGUAAACAAGUAGCACAUUGCAUUGUAGAUGUUAUGUCUGGCACAUGUGAAGAGAAUACACAAACCUCUAAACAGUUUCACCAACCCAGUGACCUGUUUAACAAACACACAAGGCAAAAUGAUUUGAUUAAGUUUGAAACAUUUGAGCCAGCCAGCAUAUCAAAGCUUAAUGUUGAUAUUUUGCCUAAUGGACAGUCUGAUCCUUUCACAAACAUACUAUUUCCAUUUGAUCAUUCCCAGCUGAACAGUAAAAAUGAGGCUUUGGGGACAAAAGGAGAGAGAGAGUACAGCUCAGACACAAAUAAUAACAUUAAGACCAUUACUUUAGAAGAGUGUCCCUCAGGUGUAGGAAGCUCUUUACCUAGGUCUUUGAUUAAACACAAUAUAUUUACUAACAUACCUAAAUGUUUAGUUUCAGAAGGGGUUGAUCACUUUAAAGAGAAGGACUGUUUUAGUGCACCUCCUGUUUUAAAUGGCUCAGCUACCCCCUUUAAAGCACCUGAAAUAAAUAUUGCAAUGGACUGUAAAGAUAAUGUUGUAAAACCACCUGACCUGAGCGCAUAUAUCAGCCACAGAGAUGUUACACAAAAGCAGCUCAAUGAUUGCUGUGGUGGGAAGGAGUGCCAGUGCUUGUCUGCAGUGGAGGGAGAGCAGACAGCAGGAGGAUUUCAGUUCAAGGACACAGACACCACCAGUCAGAGUAGCAUUGCAGUGUUACAAACCUCAAGUCCGUCGCACACAGAUGUCCAUCAUAACACCCAUGGAAUGGUUCAUGCUGACUCUGCAAACUGUGAAUUUUCACAUGUUUUCUUUUUGCAUGCGCACGUCCAAGAGGAAAGUAUGUUACCACUGAGCAGUUCUAGGCUCAAGGUAGAUGAAACUCAUACAUCAGAAAACACAGAGAGAAGGCUUGAAACCUCUUAUAAAACAAGCUCUCCUGAAAUCACUGACUCAUUAUGUGAACCAUCUGAUUGUAGAGAUCCUCUUUAUACACAGUCUUUGCAGCUGCACAACUCUGCAACAGAGAGCGCAUUUGUUGCAUGCUGUCGCAUGUUGCCUAUCACUAAUUUAGAGGCCAUUUUGGAGUCUGACCGUUCACUGGAGAGCUCAUUCGUAAUGGAGAAUGGAUUGGAGGAACAACAGACAGGAAGUCCAUUACCAGAUGGUGGAUUCAAUGAAGAGUGGAGCUCCUGUGAUGACAUUAAAAAUGGCACUGUUCCUUGCGGUCCAUGUGACAGUAACAUUUCUGCCAUAUGCACAACUGCAAGGGAGAUGAAAGCCAAUGUAACCAUAGUUCAAGCAAGUACUGUUAUGAAUCAACCAGAUGUUGAGGAGACAUUGACACCUCAAUUAAAUGGGGUUGAUAACUGUGAUGGCCACAGUGUGUCCAGUUUUGUGUCACAAGAUCUCGAUUCCAGUACCAACAGUGAGGAGACAGAGGACAGCACUCAAUCACCCUCUAGCCUCCACUGUUCUGUGAGAAAUAAGAGAAACCAGUCAGGGAAGGGCUCUAUGUUUUCUGUGUUCUCUAGAAUGCCCUCAUUCCGCAAGACCAAACGAGAACAUAAGGGCAAUAACAAGGUAGAUCCAGAAGUUAAGGACUCGACUGAGGUAGGAGACGAGCAGGAGGAGGUGAAGUAUAAUGAGUCACCCGCACAUAACAAGGCCCACCCUUUUCUCUACAAGAGCUCGAUGUCUCAGAGUACAGAUCAUCUUACAGACAUUAUAAAGUACGCUGACCACUCCAGUGAUGAUAUUUUUGAACAGGCCUUCGCCCUGAAUUUGCGUAAUAGAGAGAAAUACGCUCAAUCCCAAAAUUGUUAUUACUCCAGUAACAUCCAACAGAAGCACAAAGAUGUUGACACACUGAAUUUUACAGCUUCCCCAAUGACAGAGGGAUUACAGCAAAGGAAAUGUAAGAGUUCUGACAACUUAAACUUACGCAUGAAGCUCGCAAUGGCUCAUAGGUCCCUGUCCAACCUGUUUGAGUCCAGAUCUCCUGAGAAGGAAAACCAGGAGCAGAUCUUGCAGUCGGAGAAAGAGGUAGGGAAAACCAAGCAGUCCUGGAAGAAGAUGAAACGUUCUAAGGAAGCAGAACUUUACAAAAGAACUCUAUCUGUUCCUGAGACAAUCUGUGACAAGUCCACACACCAGAGCCAUUGCGACUGUGCCUACUGUGCACCUCAGAGCAGGUUCAGGCUUCACAGCUCACCUGGUUCCCAGCAGUUUUUGAGGAACAUGUGCCAUUCUGACCCACUGAGCUUGAAAACUGCUUACCAGUUAGAACAUACACUUGAGAAAAAGUGUCUGGAAGGAGACGAGCUACCUAGUGCCAUUUCCUCUGACUCUGACCAGGCCUCGGUAGACAGCUUUGAGGCUGUUCGCAAUGUGUAUGAUAGGUCACAGUCUCCUGUACACCCCACUGUUCUUGCUCUGGCAAAUCAGAUGUCACCCACAUGGGUGAAGUCUCUGAGCUUUUUUGAAGCCACUGAUACUCCGUCAAGGCCCAUGAGCCCCAAACCCAGUCCAGGGUUAUGGACACACCGGAGAAGCUUCCGUUACCCCUCGCGAUCUGUGACAUCUUCUCUCUGCUCACUCGGCCAGGGAGUGAGUGUUGAGGGUCUCUCUGACCCACCUCAAAGACCGAAGUCUCUGAAACCAAGGACAGCACAACUUACCACAGCCCACUCCUUUGAUUCUGAAUACUUACUAGAGGACAGCAGUUCUGACAGCCAGUCUCAGACCAGCCUGACGUCAGGAUCGCUAAUCAACAAACCAGAGCAUGUACAGCACGGUGUUGAGCCAGCUGUUCAGUCAUCAGAGAGAAGACAAGGACAUGGAUGUGUGCUUCGAGUGAAAAAAAGAGAGCAGUGUAAAAAUGCACCCAGACCCACCUCAGACAUCUACAGUUGGACAGGGCCUCUUCAGGGCAUCAGAGAGGUGGCACUUGACCAUGAGAGGAAGAGAAAUUCCAGGAAAGAACAUUGUCACUCAUGCUCAUAUGAAACGUUGGCUGAUGCAGAGAACCUCUUUAAAAAGAACCUUAGCGCACAGAGACGUUUGCGGCAGCUUAGAACCCCAACAUCUGAGAAGCAUGAAAAAGAGCGCACUAGACUCUCCCUUACAUAUCCUGAGCAGUUCCCCUCCAUCCCUUUGAAAGACCACUUCUUCUCCCAGAGCACACCUGUAGGUCUGGACUGCUUGGGCUGGCCUCACCGUGUGUCGUUUUCAGCAUUGGUAAUUACUGAUGGACCGCAGGAUAAAUCUGGCCUUGCUGAUGAUGUAGGGAGUGAAGAUGAGCUGUACAAUGAGUUUCGUAGCUCCUCCAACCGUUUUGGACACCCAGGAGGAGGAGGAGAGCAGCUGGCCAUAAAUGAGCUGAUCAGUGAUGGCAGCGUGUGUGCGGAGGCUCUAUGGGACCACGUCACCAUGGACGAUCAGGAGCUGGGCUUCAAGGCUGGGGAUGUCAUAGAAGUAGUGGACGCCACAAACAAGGAGUGGUGGUGGGGCCGAGUGCUGGACAGCGAGGGCUGGUUCCCCGCCAGCUUCGUUCGGUUACGGGUGAACCAGGAUGAGCCCAUGGAGGAGUACUUAGCCCAUCUGGAUGGGGACUCAGAGGGGGUGGUGAGCAUGGGCGCUCCCCUAGGACCUGGUCUGCCUUGCAAGGAGCAGAUGAGGGCCAACGUCAUCAAUGAGAUCAUGAGCACAGAGAGGGAUUACAUCAAACACCUGAAGGACAUCUGUGAGGGCUACAUAAAACAGUGUCGGAAAAGGACAGACAUGUUUACCGAGGAGCAACUGCGUACAAUAUUUGGCAACAUUGAUGAGCUCUACCGAUUCCAAAAGAAGUUCCUGAAAGCAUUGGAGAAGAAAUUUAACAAAGACCAUCCUCACCUCAGCGAGAUUGGCUCAUGCUUCUUAGAGCAUCAAACAAACUUCCAGAUCUACUCAGAGUAUUGCAACAACCACCCCAAUGCCUGCGUGCAGCUCUCCAAACUGAUGAAGAUUAAGAAGUAUGUGUUCUUCUUUGAGGCCUGUCGCUUGCUCCAGAAGAUGAUUGACAUUUCGCUAGAUGGAUUCCUGCUUACUCCUGUUCAGAAGAUCUGCAAGUACCCUCUACAGCUAGCUGAACUGCUGAAGUAUACCAACCCACAGCACAGAGAUUUUAAGGAUGUGGAGGCUGCCUUAAAUGCAAUGAAGAAUGUGGCCAGAUUGAUCAAUGAGAGAAAGAGGCGUCUGGAGAACAUUGACAAAAUCGCUCAGUGGCAGAGCUCCAUAGAGGACUGGGAGGGUGAAGACAUCUUGAGCAGGAGCUCCGACCUGAUUUACUCUGGAGACCUGACCAAGAUCUCCCAGCCACAAGCCAAAGGCCAGCAGCGAAUGUUCUUCCUCUUUGACCACCAGUUGGUUUUCUGUAAAAAGGAUCUGCUUCGGAGGGAUAUCCUGUACUACAAGGGACGGUUAGACAUGGAUCAGAUGCAAGUGGUGGAUGUAGAGGAUGGGAAGGAUAAGGACUUUAACGUGAGUGUGAAGAAUGCCUUGAAACUGUGUUCUGCUGGUGGAGAGGAGGUCCAUCUUCUAUGUGCCAAGAAACCCGAGCAGAAGCAGCGCUGGCUGCGAGCCUUUGCAGAUGAACGGGAACAGGUUCAGCAUGACCUCGAAACAGGUUUUAUGAUCACAGAGGUCCAAAAGAAGCAGGCCAUGUUGAAUGCAUCUAAAAGUCACCCAACAGGGAAGCCCAAAGCUGUGACCAGGCCCUACUAUGACUUCCUGCUGCGUCAGAAGCACCCCACACUUCCCACCUCCCUGCCCCAGCAGCAGGUAAUCAUGUUGGCUGAACCCAAACGCAAGACUUCCAAUUUCUGGCACAACAUCGGACGUUUGACACCGUUCAAAAAAUGAGGGACUCCAUAAACUUGAGGUUGUGCCUGAACUUUCUAUCCCAGUGUAACAUUUUUAUUUUUGUCCAAUUGUGAAAGCACUUUAUGGGUUGGUUACAAUCACAGCAUCACUCUCAAACAUUGUUGAACACUGUGGGAGGGCAUUCCUGCUAUGUUAUUUACAAAUGACAGCUACGACUGCUCAACCGCUCCAGCUGCAACUCCACUUUCAGCACUAUCUCAACUACUGCUGCAUCAUAUGGACAUGCUUCAACUGCUUCACUGAAAGAGCCCUGCUUGAACAGAGGACUUCUUUAUAUGUUGGUUAAUUUAUUUUCAGAUUUUCAGUGUAAGCCAGCUAUCCACAGUGCCCAACUACUAGCUUUUGUAUGUAAUUUGAUACUUUUGUGUGGCCCAUGAUGAUGUUUAAAGUUAAAGAGGGUUCCGCACAAUAUACAAGUAGACUGUGUUGAGAUUUAUUAUUGUAUUAACUUCCUCAAGGCUGUUACAAGUCCGUUGAUAUCAUGUCGGUCUGUGUAUGCAUCUUAUCCGAACUUUCUCCUCAUAAAGCCUCUCUAAAUUACACUCAUACAAAGUCCCACUGGUACUCACUGUUUCAAAUGAGUGUUUCAUGUAUGUGCUCAUUUGUUUCUGCUGCCUAUCAUCUCCUGUGUAAUGAACUUCUCUUUGAAGUGCCAUUCGAGACGUAACCCAGAUAUUGUGAUGGGGGUUGCAUGAAUUUGCUGUGAAACUCGACUAGGACAUUUUCAACCCAAAUAAAAUUCUCAAUAUUCUGUCAUUCUGAUAGAUAAUUGUACAAUUACAUUUUAUGGUUGGCAUUUGUGUCAAAUAUGUAUGAUUAUCUUUGACCACAGAACAAAUUAUGUUAAUAAAAAGCAUUUGUAAAUGUUAUAA